CGCUGCUCUUUGCUUUUGUAAUUCCUGGGGUUUCCUCUUCCGGAGGCGCGGGUGGCGCCGCGGGCUCGGCGGCCGCGUUACAGCGCGGGCUUUGCACGGACGGCGAUCGCGUGGCUCCAGAGCCUUUGGAUGCGCUCCCCGGGAGUGUGAAGGAUGCAGAGAUGACUGUGAACCAACCCAAGGCAGCAGGGAGCUAAUUGCUCGGGGCAGUUAGACAUGUGCACUCAUGGCUCUUACUCGAGACAGACUCUGAGCGUCUGUCCUCGGUGGAAGAUGUGGCAUAUCUAGGUAGUUCGGGACGAUGCAAGGCAAUACGUGCCACAGGAUGUCAUUCCACCCAGGACGCGGGUGUCCCCGAGGAAGGGGGGGCCCCGGGCCCCGACCCUCCACCCCCGCUUUUAGGCCUCAGAACCUGCGACUGCUCAACCCCCAGCAGCCGCCCGUGCAGUACCAAUACGAGCCCCCCAGCGCCCCCUCAGCCGCCUUCUCCAGCUCCCCGGCCCCCAGCUUCCUGCCGCCCCGGCCCGACUACGUGCCCUUCCCCCCGCCCGCGCCCCCCUCGGCCCAGGGCCCGCUGCCGCCCUGCCCGGUCCGGCCCCCCUUCCCCAGCCACCAGAUGAGGCCCCCCUUCCCCGUGCCCCCCUGCUUCCCCCCCAUGCCGCCCCCCAUGCCCUGCCCCAACAACCCCCCGGUGCCCGGAGCACCCCCGGGCCAGGGCGGCACGUUCCCGUUCAUGCUGCCGCCCCCCUCCGUGCCCCACCCGCCGCCGCCCGUCCUGCCCCAGCAGGUGAACUACCAGUACCCGCCGGGGUACUCGCAUCACAGCUUCCCGCCCCCCAGUUUCAGCGGCUUCCAGAACAGCCCCAGUUCCUUCCCGCCCAGCGCCAGCGGCGGGGGUGGCGGGGGCAGCGGGGGCGGCAGCGGGGGCAGCGGCGGCGGGGGCGGCAGUAGCGGCAGCGGCAGCCCCCACUUCAGGCACCUGCCGCCCUACCCGCUCCCCAAGGCGCCCAGCGAGCGGCGGUCCCCCGAGCGCCUCAAGCACUACGACGACCACCGGCACCGGGAGCACAGCCACGGGCGCGGCGAGAGGCACCGCUCGCUGGAGAGGCGCGAACGCGGCCGCAGCCCCGAGCGCCGCCGGCCCGACAGCCGCUACCGGCCCGACUACGAGCGCGGCCGGACGCCGUCGCGGCACCGGAGCUACGAGCGCAGCAGAGAACGGGACCGGGAGAGACACCGUCACCGGGACAGCCGAAGAUCGCCUUCCCUGGAGAGGCCCUUCAGUAAGGAGUAUAAGAAGUCAGGAAGGAGUUACGGUUUGCCAGCGACUCCAGACCCCGCUGGAUGCGCACCAGAAUUACCUGGGGAGAUUAUUAAAAAUACAGAUGCCUGGGCCCCAGCUUCAGAGUCCAUGAAUCACCGUUCCCCGAGUAGAGAGAAGAAGAGAGCGCGCUGGGAGGAAGAGAAAGACAGGUGGAGUGACAGCCAGGGCUCCGGCAAGGAGAAGAGCUUCACCUCGAUCAAGGACAAGGAUCCCGAGGAGACUCUGGCUGACAAAAAUGAGGAGGAGGAGGAGGAACUUCUGAAGCCCGUGUGGAUCCGCUGCACCCACUCCGAGAACUACUACUCCAGUGACCCCAUGGACCAGGUGGGGGAUUCUACGGUGGUCGGGACCAGCCGACUACGUGACUUGUACGACAGGUUCGAGGAGGAGCUGGGGAGCAGGCAGGAGAAGGCCAAGGCCGCCAGGCCCCCGUGGGAGCCCCCCAAGACCAAGCUGGAUGAGGAUCUCGAGAGCUCCAGUGAGUCCGAGUGCGAGUCCGACGAGGGCAGCACCUGUUCCAGCAGCUCCUCCGACUCGGAGGUGUUCGACGUCAUCGCGGAAAUCAAACGCAAGAAGGCCCAUCCCGACCGGCUGCACGACGAGCUGUGGUACAACGACCCCGGGCAGAUGAACGACGGCCCUCUCUGCAAGUGCAGCGCCAAGGCGAGGCGCACCGGGAUCAGGCACAGCAUUUACCCCGGAGAGGAGGCCAUCAAGCCCUGCCGCCCCAUGACCAACAACGCCGGCCGCCUCUUCCACUACCGGAUCACGGUCUCCCCACCCACAAACUUCUUAACCGACCGGCCGACUGUGAUAGAGUACGACGAUCAUGAGUACAUCUUCGAAGGCUUCUCCAUGUUCGCGCACGCCCCCCUGACCAACAUCCCGCUGUGUAAAGUCAUCCGGUUCAACAUAGACUACACGAUUCACUUCAUCGAAGAAAUGAUGCCUGAGAAUUUUUGUGUGAAAGGACUUGAACUCUUUUCAUUAUUCCUAUUCAGAGAUAUUUUGGAGUUGUAUGACUGGAAUCUGAAAGGUCCUUUGUUUGAAGACAGCCCUCCCUGCUGCCCGAGAUUUCAUUUCAUGCCACGCUUCGUGCGGUUCCUCCCAGACGGAGGGAAGGAAGUCCUGUCCAUGCACCAGAUCCUCCUGUACUUGCUCCGCUGCAGCAAAGCCCUGGUUCCUGAGGAGGAGAUCGCCAACAUGCUUCAGUGGGAAGAGCUCGAGUGGCAGAAAUAUGCCGAGGAGUGCAAAGGCAUGAUCGUGACCAGCCCCGGAACGAAACCAAGCUCUGUCCGUAUCGAUCAACUGGAUCGUGAACAGUUCAACCCUGAUGUGAUCACUUUUCCGAUUAUCGUCCACUUUGGGAUACGCCCUGCACAGUUGAGUUAUGCAGGAGACCCACAGUACCAGAAACUGUGGAAGAGCUACGUGAAACUCCGCCACCUCCUAGCAAAUAGCCCCAAGGUCAAACAGACGGACAAGCAGAAGUUGGCACAGAGGGAGGAAGCGCUCCAGAAAAUCCGGCAGAAGAACACGAUGAGGCGGGAAGUAACGGUGGAGCUCAGCAGCCAGGGAUUCUGGAAAACCGGCAUCCGCUCCGACGUCUGCCAGCACGCAAUGAUGCUGCCCGUUCUGACCCAUCACAUCCGCUACCACCAGUGCCUGAUGCACCUGGAUAAACUGAUAGGCUACACUUUCCAGGACCGCUGUCUCCUGCAGCUGGCCAUGACUCACCCGAGCCAUCAUUUAAACUUCGGAAUGAAUCCCGAUCACGCCAGGAACUCCUUGUCCAACUGUGGAAUCCGGCAGCCCAAAUACGGAGACAGGAAAGUUCACCAUAUGCACAUGCGGAAAAAAGGGAUUAACACUUUAAUAAACAUUAUGUCACGACUGGGACAAGACGACCCCACUCCGUCAAGGAUCAAUCACAACGAGCGGCUGGAGUUCCUGGGCGACGCGGUGGUUGAAUUUCUGACCAGUGUCCACUUGUACUACUUGUUUCCCAGUCUGGAGGAAGGAGGCUUGGCCACGUACCGGACAGCCAUCGUGCAGAACCAGCACCUGGCCAUGCUCGCCAAGAAACUUGAACUGGAUCGAUUCAUGCUUUAUGCUCACGGACCUGACCUUUGUAGAGAAUCUGACCUGCGACAUGCAAUGGCUAACUGUUUUGAAGCCUUAAUAGGAGCUGUUUACCUGGAGGGAAGCCUGGAGGAGGCCAAACAGCUAUUUGGACGCUUACUCUUCAAUGAUCCGGACCUGCGUGAAGUCUGGCUCAACUACCCUCUCCACCCGCUCCAGCUGCAGGAGCCCAACACCGACCGGCAGCUGAUUGAGACCUCGCCAGUCCUCCAGAAGCUGACGGAGUUCGAAGAAGCCAUCGGAGUCAUUUUCACUCACGUGCGGCUUCUGGCCCGAGCAUUCACGCUGCGAACUGUGGGCUUCAACCACCUGACCCUAGGCCACAACCAGAGGAUGGAGUUCCUGGGUGACUCUAUAAUGCAGCUGGUGGCUACGGAGUAUUUGUUCAUUCACUUCCCUGAUCAUCAUGAAGGACACCUAACUCUGCUGCGGAGCUCUCUGGUGAACAACAGGACGCAGGCCAAGGUGGCGGAGGAGCUGGGCAUGCAGGAGUAUGCCAUCACCAACGACAAGACCAAGAGGCCCGUGGCGCUGCGCACCAAGACCUUGGCGGACCUCUUGGAAUCGUUUAUCGCCGCCCUCUACAUCGAUAAGGACUUGGAGUACGUUCACACUUUCAUGAAUGUUUGCUUCUUCCCGCGAUUAAAAGAGUUCAUUUUGAAUCAGGACUGGAACGAUCCCAAAUCCCAGCUGCAGCAGUGCUGUUUGACUCUCCGGACAGAAGGCAAGGAGCCGGACAUCCCUCUCUACAAGACUCUGCAGACCGUGGGGCCAUCCCAUGCCAGGACCUACACGGUGGCCGUGUACUUCAAGGGUGAAAGGAUAGGCUGUGGGAAAGGACCGAGUAUUCAGCAAGCGGAAAUGGGAGCAGCAAUGGAUGCACUUGAGAAAUAUAACUUUCCCCAGAUGGCUCAUCAGAAGCGGUUCAUCGAACGGAAAUACCGACAAGAGUUAAAAGAAAUGAGGUGGGAAAGAGAGCAUCAAGAGAAGGAGCCAGAUGAGACCGAAGACGUCAAGAAAUAGAGGCCACAGAGGUGGGGGUGUAGUUACUUGCUUAAUAACUGUGACUGGAGCCCAUUGGGACCUACCCUAGUUCUCCUCCAGACAAUGAAUGAAGUGUAACCCUGUGGCAAUCCAACGCAGAAUCAAAUCGGUAUUGUGGUUGCAUUGAUCAACUACCCUGCUUUUUAUAAUCCAGUGGGUCUUUCUUAUCAAGCGUUUGAUUUUUAACUUCUGUUUAGUGGGAAGCGUUCGUUUGGGUGGGUGUUCGCUCAUUCAGCGUAAAGCUCGAGCCCGGUGAUGCAGAGUGGAAUGGUUCCUGUUCAGUCUCUCUCUGAGACUGUCUCUGCAGACCUGGAGAGGAGGAGAGAAAAAUCUGUUUUCCUGAACUUCUGGACAAUACUCUGCUAUUGUCUGUACUUUUUUGGAGGGAAAUUCACCAGAUUUUUUUCCCCGCUGGGUAUUGAUCAUUUAAACAUGGAUCUGGCCGUCGAUCAUCUUCUCAGUAGCCCGUGUGGAGUCUGCCCUCCCUCUCGGUAUGGAGACUUUUGUGAAUGGGAUUCCUUUUGUGAAUGGGGUUCCUUUCAUGAAUGGGAUUCCUUUUCUCUUUCGCUGGUGAAGGGGCAGCUGGGAGUGGGAAAGGCUGGUCUUGCCGUCCUGUGUAAUCUUUGAAUCAUUAGUAUAGGCGAGAAGUGAUUGGAAACCAGACAACAUUUGGAAUGAAGUUGUAAGCCAGCAUCUCUAGACAGUUUCAUGGAAGUCUCAGAACCUUCUGAAACGAAUGAUCCUUAGUUCCAGCUGUUUGUUUGGUGGGGGGUGGGGGUGUGAGAUGGGGUAAAGGAGGGCUCCUAGGUUUUAUCAGUUCAAAGUGCUCCCAGCGGUCAAGGGCUAAUGUGACCCGAAGACAUGGACUUUUUUAAGUGUUAUUUUAAAUUGAACACCAUCGGUUUCUUAUUAAUAAAGGCGAAGCUUCUUUA